UAUUUCACUUUCACUUUCAAGUGAGCCUCGAGCUGGGCUGGAGCUGGUCUCUUGGCUGCUACUGCUGGGCCGUUGGGCCUGGAUUAGAACCUGAGCUGGACCAGAACUUUGGGCUUGUGUCCUGCUAGCGGCCCAGGGACGUCCACGGAGAAGGGAGCAGGGGAUCCAUGGGGCGGGCACCUGAAAACAUGGCGGUGGCACGAGGCUCACUAAGACCAGAAGCAGGACCUGGAGGCCGUGCUGAGCUGUAGACGUCAGACUGAAUGCCCUGUGGGGGGCAGAAGCAGCCAGGUUCUGCGGUCUGUUCUCAGGACCAUGCUCCGGAUUUUUGGCAUUUUCUUGAUAACACAACUGCCGCAUUCGGAAGCUCUACCAUGCAACCCAGGCGAAUAUGAAAUAAAUGGUGAAUGCUGUCCCAUGUGCGGCGCUGGGAGCAAGGUGGUCAAACAUUGUAAACCAAGUAGCAGCACAACUUGCAUGCCCUGUGUGGAUGACACAUAUACAGAGCAUCCCAAUGGCCUAACAGAGUGCAUGAGAUGUAAAGUCUGCGAUGCAGGAGCCAGACUGAUGGUAAAAGAAAAAUGCACAUAUACGAAGAACACUGUGUGCGGCUGCGCCCCGGGCGAUUUCUGCAGGCAUCCUACAGGCGGGGACUGUGAAAUGUGUAGUCCCUGCACCGUCUGCCUCCCUGGCUCUAAGGUGAAAAUACUUGGCACAGAAUUCAAUGACAACGUAUGUGAGCUUUGCCCUGAUGGAACCUUCUCAGCAACCAACAUGUCACACAGCUGUCAGCCAUGGACCAAGUGUGAAGAGGAAGGGAUGAUAGAAAGAAAGGCCGGGACAGCCACUUCUGAUGCAGUUUGUGUACAAAGAGGCCUUUCUGAUACAGCGAUGACAUUGAUAAUUAUCACUGUAGUUUUAAUUGUAUGUGGAGCACUUGCAGUUGUGUCUUUUUGGUGGAAGAAGAAGAGGAAAUAUGGGGUUACACCUGCACAGGAGACAGGGGAUGAGUCAAAAGAACAGAUUGGGAGAACUUUGAUCCAGCUUACAGAGAAUGGGACAGAGACCAUUCCUUAGGAACAAACCAAGAAAAGAGCAAAGCGGGGGAGAAAGAAAGCCAUUGUCAGCCCUGGCUGUGUGAUUGGAUUGGAGGCUUCUGAAAAUCCCUCUUCAUUGAAUUUCAGCGAUCAUCAUCAAUGUAACUUUAGUUUCUCUGGCUAAGGCCUGUUAUGCUGAAGCCUUCCUCACAGACACAUUGUUAGGUGGAAUAUCUGCAGACUCUGGGCUCUUGGGGUAUGUUUCCACUUGCCAUUUAAAGCACAAAAAGUCCCUGUUUUGCACAAAAACUGUGGGAGCGUCUACACUUGACAGAAGUUUCACUGCAAACAGCAAACCACAUCGAUGAGAAGCAUACAGUUCUUAAUGCUGAUCCUUCUGUAGUGAUGUGCAAAUGGAGGCACAUUCUUCCUGUGUAAACAGCUUUUAGCUUCCAGAGGAUAUCCCAAAGUGCCUAGGGUGAUCACUCUGGCCAGCAGUUCUGCUGCUCCAAGGCCAGGUAAACAGACACCUGCCCUCCCCCUGUGGGAGCUUUGAAACUCUCCUUCCUGUUUUGUUUGCAAGUGCUCAUCUGGCCAAAUGACCAUGGGUGCUCCAUAGAGCAAAUGAUCCGCUGUUGGGACCUUGCACUCACACCUGCUUCCCGCAAGACCUAUUCUGGGAUAGCUGCCUGCCGUGCGCAAAUGUAAACACUUUCUGAUCCUGUGGAAGUAACUUAGUACAGAAACCAGCGCUUUUCUUUCACCAGUUCCCUAUCACCGGUGAAACUGAUAGCACAAAAACUCAAGUGUAGAUGUAGCCUGGCUUUUAUUCAGUAAUUACACUUAAACGUCCAUUUAUUCAUUGCAAUGUUUGAAAGUACCCACUCACAUAUCAUGCUGGACUUUCUAGUCACAAACACUUCCUGGUAUCCAGGAACCUCAACUGGACCAGUUGCUCUUUUGACUAUAUUGGACCAGGUGACCAUGUAGUCAAAGUGGUUUUUAUACAUAGCUUUAGUUUUAUAACAGGACAACAGAGGGUGGGAACUGAAAUGUUGUAUUGCUCAAUAUCUCAUCCUACAGUCUA